AUGUUUUAUGAUACUUCUCAUAGUUGCAGGACAUUUAGCAAAGUUAUUCACAUAUGUAGGUAUUGUUCUGAGGAUGGAAAAUACGGGCAACAAUUUCAGACGCGUGCUCAAAAACUUAAACCACAACUUCCCCCUUCUUCGAACAUCGAUUUAUCCUUCAUGUCACGCAAAGACAAAGAACCCACCCGUGCUCAGCUCUCUUCACGACUAGCAUACGAACAACACGUUCCAGCCUUCCUCCAGAAACUCCAAAACAAGAUUUCUGGUAUAUCUAACGAGGAAGACGAAGAUGAAGCAUACGACGAGGAGUGGGAGCACAUUAACGAUGGCUCGGGUCGACCACCUAUUCCACGUCGAAGACCUCCGAUACCCGAACGGCCAGCGGAUGACCCUGGAAGUGACAAGGAGGAUGAGGAGCGCGGGGAUGAGAAACCCCAAGUGAUAGUUUUGAGAGAAGGGAAACAUCUUACGGAGCGGGAAGCUGAGAAUAUAAGACGGAAAGAAAAGGGACUUCCUCCUGUUCCUGAUGUAGAGAAACCGCCCGAGGAAUCUUCAUCGUCAAACAAGAAAGAAGGAAACGAAAAACCUAAAGCUUCGGCUCCGAGUUUAUCGUUUUCAUCUUCCACGAAAUCAGUAUCUAGUAAAUCUUUCAAACGAAAGGUGCUCGGUGGGGACUCUGAACCGGAGGAUGACCAGGAUAGUCAGCACAAAGCGAAGAAGAGCGAACCGCCAAAAAAGAAAUCGAAGAAAUCGACCAAGAGCAAGAAGUUGUUAUCAUUUGGGGACGACACAUGAAGAUCAAUAUCCCGCUUGUAACUUCAUGAUGCCCAAGUCUGGAAUUACUCGCUCGACAACUGGCCCUGAGGGUAAAAUAAAUAAAUUCAUUCACGGUCAUCGUUAGCGUAAUUCGAGUUGCGCGACUGUAUGAUAUCUGCAACGAACGAAUCGAGGUUUAAGACGACCCUCCAAGUUUCGCAUAACGGCAAGCGAACGGUCAAGAUGCACAUGAUGCAUGACCGGUGACCUAUCCAGAACACUUGCGCUUCAUUAAUAUUCACUGGAACAUGGUGUCGGGCAGGGGUCGAUUUUGAUUUCUUUUACUUCAAAUCAUGCUGCAUUCCAUAAUCCAGGGUUCUCUAUACGUACAAUGACUUUACAGACGCAUUGGAUGAUUUGGACCUACUAGAUCGGCUCAGACUCCUUUUCGACCACUUGUUUCACAAAUCGGUGCGCAAUGAGUCUUCAGACUUCUUCAUGAUCGAAUUUGGCCUGCGCCCACGAGUCCUCGAUAAACUCUCGUCGUUAAGUGGUGGAUCUAUAAGACGAUCCGUGCCCAUGUUCCACCGUUCGAAUACCCUGUUCCUAGGGUCAGUAGCCAGGGACUCCAACUUUGUGGUGACUGCAUCACUUGUGGUCCCGGAAUGAAGCGGAGCGCUUGACGCGGCGUCGUUAUCACUGUCGGGUAGAAUCAUUGCACUGUACACGUCGUUGUCGCGCACUGAUUCCGGCCAACUGCCCGUGCUGUACGGCUCGAAGUCGUCAAGUAGGUCACCCAAGUUUUCUUUCUCUUGAAUUCCAGUGACUUUUUUGCCAGAAUACGGACUUGGAAACGCAAAUGUCGGUUCAACAUGUUUCUUCAAAAAUCACAACGUCAACGUUAUUGAAUGCUCAAAGGGGUGAAAAAGGAUGACUACUCACUUCAUACUUUAUGGCUGUGAUUAUCUCUGAGAACUCCUCAGAACCUUUGGCGAUCUCCAUGAAUUGCGGAAUGUAGCACUGAUGAAGUUCCAUCGUUGGACCUAUUCGACAGAGGUAAUGAAAGAGGUAAAGCAUGUAGCAUUUCAAUGUUAUCCUUUCCUCGUAAGAAGAUGUUUUCAUCAAUUCCCAUAGAUCUUCCUCCUCCCACAACGAUCGGCCAAGUUGCUGGAGUAAAUUUGCUACGCGUCUGUGAUCUUUGCCCUGACUCGAGUUUACAUCCUCUGCGUCAACACCGAAAGUGCCUGAGACCUCCUCCAAACUGGUGAUCAACGGGAGACUGGGUAGUCGACGGCAGUAACUGAGAACGAGACUGAGCAGCGAUCGAAAAUCGUC